UGUGCGUGUGUUUAGGCGCGUAGAGUUUGUUUACAGUUUUCUGAACGGUGUAGUGAUGGUGGUGGCGGUGACGCUGGAAUAGACACUGUGGACCUCUGGGUAUGGACGCUGUGGGCUGCUUGGUCACGGCACGACAGAUAACUGCCCCAUUCCUCGCACUGUGCUUGACCUGUGUGGCUCAAAGGUCGGCCAGGUCGCCUGCGGGAGAGGUCAUACCCUGGUCUACAUCCCCUCGCAGGGCCACGUGUAUGCAUUUGACCAGGGGCUCUCAGGGCAGCCGGGCACCAAGACUCCACACAGCAGGGAAUUACCUCAAGUGGUAGUGUGCCCAUGGCUGUCCCCAGGGGGUGCCAGCCUGCUAGACUAUGCAGAGGAGGACAGCCCCAGUGUGUGUUUGAGGCAGAUCUUCGCUGGGGGGGACGUCAGCAUGGCCACCGUCAGCAGGGAGAGUGGGGGUGCUGAGGACUUUUGCAGCCCUCCCCUACCCCGACCAAAUGCCCUCUCUCUCACAAUUCAAGAACAUAUGAUUAAGAAACUUCUGUCAAUUGAGGAAGAAGACAUGAUUGAUGACGAUUUGUUUACAUUCGUACUGGCAUUCAAAACGUGGCCAAGAGUCUUCCUUCGCAUCCCCCAGCCAGGAUGCCUUAAGCUGUUAUGUCCUUCCCCUGUACAAGGACUUCGCUGACCCUAAACAAACGGCCAAACUCCAAACGCCGUAUGCUGAGGGAGUGUUGAAGCUUGGCAAGGAGAUGGCGGAGGUGUUCAAGAGACCGGCGUGCCCUUGUGGCUUCCCUGCGGCUGUUGUCCCUGGUCCACGGUCUGAACUUCCAAGCCGGCUGCCGAGUGGGGCGGUUGAACUACGACGACUUUUACAUCCCAGAAAUUGCAGAGAAAAUUGAUAUUAGGAAUGAUUACUUGAACGGGAUGAACAGCAGGCUUCACCCGAUGUCCAGGAGGGAGAGUCCAAUCCUGUUCUGUGAGUAUCCAUUCUUGUUCGACCCUCAGGCCAAGACGCUGCUGCUCAGGUGUGACGCCACUCGGCAGGGCAAAUGUUUCCCAGACCACCCGGUCAUACGCACGUUCUGGGAAGUAUUUCACAAACUCUCCCUGGAGCAGAAGAAGUUGUUUUUGAAGUUCCUGACGGGCACUGACAGGGUUCCUAUUCUGGGCAUGAAGGCACUCAAGUUGAUGAUCCAAAGCACAGCAGACGACAGCUUCCUUCCGGUCGCACACACCUGCAUCACCCAACUCAACCUGCCAAAAUACAACACCAAAGAGAAGCUGAAAUACAAACUUCUACAGGCCGUACAGCAGAGUGAAGGGUUCGGCCUGGUGUGAGGGUGUCAGGGGGUGUUGACGGGGUGUGAGGGGGUGUUGAAGGGUGUGAGGGGGUCAGGGGGAGGCUGUGUGAGUUGGAUAAGAGUGACCUUGUGUGUGGGAGGAAGUGCCUGUUAAGAAAAUAGAAUAUAUAGAAAUUAAUAGAAAAUAUAUGUAAUAGUUUACAGAAUUAUUAUUAUUAUUAUUAUUAUUAUUAUUAUUAUCAAAUUGAGUAUAUUUUUUAGUCUUGUUACAAAAAAAAAUGAAUGAAAUAAAGAAAAUGAAAAAG